CCGCGCAGCCGGCUCCCCCCGGACGCCAGGGCGUGUGCGGGCUCGCUGGCUCUUGCACUUGGGGGCUUUUCCUUUCCUCUCCCGUCUGUGUUCUGGUUCUGAAUUCAUCCAGGGUCCAGGAUGACAAUCCGACACCAGGGCCAGCAGUACAGGCCGAGGAUGGCAUUUCUCCAGAAGAUUGAGGUGCUAGUGAAGGACAUGCAGAACCCAGAGUCGGGGGUCAAAAUGCAGAACCAGAAGGUCCUGGUCACCAGCGUCCCUCAUGCCAUGACAGGAAAUGAUGUUCUACAGUGGAUCGUCCAGCGACUUUGGAUCUCCAAUCUGGAGGCACAGAACUUAGGCAACUUUAUUGUCAAGUAUGGCUACAUUUACCCCUUGCAAGACCCCAAGAAUCUCGUUCUCAAACCUGACGGCAGCCUCUACCGAUUUCAGACGCCGUACUUCUGGCCCACUCAGCAGUGGCCGGCUGAAGACACAGACUAUGCCAUCUAUCUAGCCAAGCGAAAUAUCAAGAAGAAAGGGAUUUUAGAAGAAUAUGAAAAGGAAAAUUACGAUUUCUUGAACAAAAAAAUUAACUACAAGUGGGAUUUUGUCAUUAUGCAGGCUAAAGAGCAGUACAGGACUGGAAAGGAAAGGAAUAAAGCAGACAGGUAUGCAUUGGAUUGCCAGGAGAAGGCAUAUUGGCUGGUCCACCGAUGCCCUCCAGGAAUGAACAAUGUGCUGGACUAUGGCCUGGACCGAGUGACCAAUCCGAAUGAAGUUCAGGUAAACCAGAAACAAACAAUCACUGCGGUCAAAAAAGAGAUCAUGUAUUACCAGCAGGCCUUAAUGAGGUCCACGGUGAAGUCUUCGGUGUCCCUUGGAGGGAUCGUCAAAUACAGUGAGCAGUUUUCAUCCAAUGAUGCCAUCAUGUCAGGCUGCCUCCCCAGCAAUCCUUGGAUAACAGAUGACACCCAGUUCUGGGAUUUAAAUGCCAAAUUGGUGGAGAUCCCAACCAAGAUGCGGGUAGAGCGAUGGGCCUUCAACUUCAGUGAAUUGAUCCGAGACCCCAAGGGUCGACAGAGCUUCCAGUACUUUCUUAAGAAAGAAUUCAGUGGGGAGAAUCUGGGAUUCUGGGAAGCCUGUGAGGAUCUGAAGUAUGGAGAUCAGUCCAAGGUCAAGGAGAAAGCAGAAGAGAUUUACAAGCUAUUCCUGGCCCCAGGGGCGAGGCGCUGGAUCAACAUAGACGGCAAAACCAUGGACAUCACUGUCAAGGGGCUGAGGCAUCCCCACCGCUACGUGCUGGAUGCUGCGCAAACCCACAUUUACAUGCUCAUGAAGAAGGAUUCUUAUGCUCGCUAUUUAAAAUCUCCAAUCUAUAAGGAAAUGCUGGCCAAAGCUAUUGAACCUCAGGAAACCACCAAGAGAAGCUCCGGCCUCCCGUUUAUGCGGCGUCACCUGCGCUCCAGCCCAAGCCCUGUCAUCCUGAGGCAGCUGGAAGAAGAAGCCAAGGCUCGAGAAGCAGCCAACACGGUGGACAUCACCCAGCCAGGCCAGCACGCUGCUCCCAGCCCCCACCUGGCUGUGUACACCGGGACCUGCGUGCCCCCCUCUCCUUCCAGCCCCUUCUCCCCCUCCUACCGCUCCCCCAAGAGGCCCUUCCCCUCACCAGGCCGCUUCAUCCGGCGGCCCAGCAGCACCGUCUGCCCCUCGCCCAUUAGAGUGGCCUUGGAGAGUUCCCCGGGCUCGGAGCAGAAGGCGGAGGCCAGCGGAUCCAAGGCCCAAGGUGGGCCUGCCAACACCGAGAGCAGCGAGGCCUCCAUCGACCACUCCCAGCCCCGGCCCCCACCCAGGGCCCCUCCCAAGGCCCGCAUGGCUCUGUCCUUCAGCAGGUUUCUGAGACGAGGCUGUUUGGCUUCACCAGGCUUUGCCAGGCUCUCACCCAAGUGCCCCCCUGUGUCCCAUGGGAAGGUGCAGCCCCUGGGGGACGUGGGCCAGCAGCUGCCCCGGCUGAAACCCAGGAGAGUAGCAAACUUUUUCCAGAUCAAAAUGGACCUGCCUACGGAGAGUGGGACCUGCCUGAUGGACUCGGAGGACACUGGGACAGGAGAAUCGGGUGACCAGGCCACAGAAAAGGAGGUCGUCUGUCCCUGGGAGAUCCCGGCCGAGGGGAAAGCUGGCUGAGCCUGGGGCCUUGGACCAAGAAGAUGCUCCUGGCAGAUGCCACUGGAUGGGGCCUCAGGGCACGCUUGCUCUAGAACCAAAGUGCAUUAAGAUCAUAUUUCGGGGCCGGAGAGACAAGAUGGGGUGGCUUAUGGGGAAGAGUGUGCUAGCUGGUCUCCCAACAGCUGACUCGUUCCCUUCCUCCUGACAUUCCCUCCCUUGGGCAGAAGAAAGGCAUGUGGACCAGAAGACAUUCCUUGCUGCCUUAAAACCGAUAAAAGGUUAACUUGUAAGAGUCUCCUGGAUUGGAAUGUUAGUGUGUGUCUGGUAUUAUUAGUUAUUUAUGAGCUAUUAAUUAUGUGUUAAACUCAUGUCUUCUUUGGUUUUCUGGGCAAAGGGACAUUGAGUUCCAAGAACUCCUUCCCUGUCUAAAUUGGUAUGUGCAUGAUAUUUUAUCAAUGGAGCUCCCCAGGGGGAUGCCCCAGGGUGUGGCAUCAGGCAGGAAGCGGGGAGCUGGGGAAAUUCAUCUUUCUAGAAUGCCAAGUAUGUUGUUCAGAUCCACCAAGAAGCAGAUGCCAAGAUGGGAUUAGAUAGGCAAGGGAUUUGUUGGGGGAAACGCCUGUGAAGGAUACAGGAUGGGAGCUGGCGAAGGGGCAAGGGCUUUCAGACCAUGCAGGUGCAGGGCUGACCCCUGGGGAAGGAGGAAUAGGCAGGAAGAGUCUCAGAUAGCAGCGCAGUUCCAAGAAAGUUUUGGCCACGCUGCUGGGGUGUCCUUGAGCCAAGUCACUAUUGGAGGGGUCCUGUGUCUUAUGGGAAUGGUUCUGCG